AUGGCCGACUACUCUACCCCCUUCAAACCGCAAGAUCCGGACGAGGUUAAUAAACUAAUGGAGCUCCUCAAUCAUACGCAAGCAGGGAAGAGGAAGAGCGAUACAGGAUUUUUCUGCAAAAAGAAAACCUACAAAGUCGAAGGCUCCCCUAUACCUGUCGACUCCUGGAAGUUUCUGGACCACGAGUACAAGAAGAAGGCUCUGCCCACCUUUGCCAGAGGCCUGUUCACCUGUAAGAACCCCACCACGGGGGAUUGGGAAAUUGUCAGCAGGGGCUACGACAAGUUCUUCAACAUCGAUGAGGUUCAAAAGACAAAGUGGGGCUGGAUUGAAGAUAAUACCAAGGCCCCAUACGAAUUGACCCUCAAGGAGAACGGUUGCAUUAUUUUCAUAUCGGGAUUGCCAGACGAUACCCUGCUAGUUUGUAGCAAGCAUUCACUGGGGCCCGGGUCUGAACCGGACAAGUCUCAUGCUGUUUUUGGGGAGAAGUGGGUGGACCGGCAGCUGGAGAAGCUCGGAAAGUCCAGGGCCGAGUUUGCUAGGGCUUUAAGGGAGGCGAAUGUUACUGCUGUGGCUGAGCUUUGUGAUGACGCCUUCGAGGAACAUAUUCUCCCUUACGAAGGAGACCGGGCGGGGUUGUAUCUCCACGGUGUGAAUCUUAGACUGCCAAAGUUUGCAACUUACUCUACGCUAGAGGUGAAGAAAUUCGCACAAGAAUGGGGGUUCAAGGUGAUAGACUCAUUUGAUAAGCCGGAUGUCCGGAGCCUUCGGGACUUUCUCGAGGAGGCAGCCGAGACCGGAUCGUGGGAUGGCAAGGAUGUUGAGGGAUUUGUUAUUCGGUGUAAGGCCCGUGAUAGGCCCGGUGGGGAAUGGCACGAUUGGUUCUUCAAAUACAAGUUUGAGGAGCCAUACCUUAUGUACCGUCUCUGGCGCGAAUGCACCAAGUCCAUGAUUAGUGGCGGGGAACCGAAAAUUAGAAAACACAAGGCUAUAACCACCCGAUACUUGAAGUUUGCUGAAGAGUACUUCGAGGGGCACCCCGAAGAAAAAAAAGAUACAUGGAAAAUCACGGCAUCAUCAAACUGAGGAAUGCCUUUUUGGAACAUAUGGGGCAGAAGGGCAGUGAUAUAAUUAAGGAGGAGGCAGAAGAAGACACAGAGAGUGAGGGUGCAGGCGGAAGGACCUCCCAGAUAAAGGAUAAUGUGGUUCUGGCCUCCAUCGCCACUCUGGGUUGUGGUAAAACCACUGUCGCACACGCGCUUCAUGAGCUAUUCGGCUGGGGUCAUGUCCAAAACGACAACAUUCAGGGGAAACGUGGCAAGCCGCGGGCCUUUGCAGACGCCAUCUCUCACGCCCUGAGAAAACACCCAGUCGUCUUUGCUGACCGGAAUAACCAUCAGUUCCGCGAGCGGGAGCAACUCAUCAAGGAUGUGUCGAAUCUGAACCGCAAAACCACCUUUGUGGCGAUCCAUUACGUGCACCCGGAGGAUCUGAUGCACGAGAUUGAGAAUGCUACCGUGGCCCGGGUAUUUAGUCGAGGCGAUAAUCAUCAGACCAUCCAGGCAGCGAGCCAAUCCAAGCAGUCGGUCGAAGGUAUCAUGAAGGGCUUCCUCCACAGAUUCCAGGGCCUUGAUCAUGAACGCGCACCUGACUCCGGUUUCAGCACUGCCAUAAACUUGAACCCGCAAGCAGACUCGAGGGAAAACUUGGAGAUAGUAGUCUCCGAGCUCAAGAGACAUUAUCCCAAUCUAAUUCCUGAACUUCCAACGCCAGAAGACUAUGAUAGAGCCAUCACAGCAGCACUCAACUACGCACCUUCACGUCGCACCGCUUCCCACGACGCUCCUCAGUCCUCCCAGCCCAAGGACAAAGUGGAAUAUGCGGUUUCCUCAAUGGAGACCCCCUCCGCCGUAGGACCGAGCGAGGCUCCAAAGCGGCAGCCGAAACAGUCUGUGCAAAAUCACAAACGCAAGCAGGUCGACUACUUUGGCAUCUUUCUCCCUGCCCAAGAAGUAUAUGACGCAGUCAACUCGGCAUUUGAAGCGCAACCCGAACGCAUCCGCGAAUUCUGGAAAGAGCUCAACGAGAACGAUAGAGUCCAAAAAACCUUCCAUGUCACCCUUUGCCACAAUUCAAACAAGCCGAAACACCCAGGAAUCUGGAAGAAGUACGCAGACCUCCUCGGCUCCAAGGAUGGGGAUCCAUCUACUAUUCUCGGGAGGGGCGAGGUAGAGCUCCACUCAAUGGCCUGGGACAAGCGUGUGAUGGCAGUGAAAGUCCUGCUGUCAGAUGAGUGGGAGUGCGCUAAUGAGGCCCCGCACGUUACCAUCGGCACUGCAAAUCCCUCUAUUAAGCCUUUUGAGUCCAAUAAAAUGUUGGAGGAGUGGAGUGGGGGGAGCAGUGAGAUCUUUUCGUUGGAGCUGCAGGGGGUUAAGGUUGAGGGAGAGGUUAAGUCUGUCCCUAGGGGUGGUUAA